ACUCGUGCCCCCAUGGUAUGGAUGGUGCAAGGAAUGAGGGCUAUUCGUGGGUCACCAGUGGGUCAGCAGCAGCAGGUGUGCAUGGUACAACCAGCGGCAUCCAUCCAUCCAUCCCCUGCCAUCUAUGCGCUCACACACCCGUCAGCGAUUACUCAUCUCCACAAUGAG